AGCAGUUUAAGCUGAUGUUUCUGCUGCAGCUAUAAUAACAGAACGCGUCACUCCUCUGAGCGGAACGUCAUAAUGCUGCGACACGCGUGCCACGGUCCAGAACGCGAGCAUGGCCGCAGCAGAUACAGAGAAGAAGCGCGUGCUGGAGAUGGUCCAGGCGGCCGGCGCUGACGAGGGCUGUGUGACGUUUGUCCUGCACGAGGAGGACCACACCCUGGGCAACUCCCUCAGAUACAUGGUGAUGAAGAACCCUGACGUGGAGUUCUGUGGAUACAGCAUUACACACCCCUCGGAGAGCAAGAUCAAUUUCCGCAUACAGACCCGAGGAGGACUUCCAGCCACGGAAACUCUGCGCAAAGGCCUGAAUGACCUUACAGACGCCUCCAACCACGUGCUUCACACGUUUGAGGCACAGGUGAAGGAGUUCAAACUGAAGCAAGAAGAGGCCAUGGAGUAGCUUUAUAGGAGUGAAAGGACUGUCACAUGAGAGACGUUUGACGCUGGACGGAUGCAUGGAAAUACCCAGAAUUUUACUCCCGUUUACCUUAUUUACAGUUCAACUGAUCAGUGAACUUUUGUUGUACAGUAUUUCUUUUAUCUUUUUGUUUUGUUUGUUUUCUAUAUCUUUAAAAAAUACUGCAUAUUUUUGAGAGUGAGCACAUUAUGAUGAUUAAUAAGGUUGUCAUUGUUAUUGGCUUUUGAUUUUUUUUUCCCCAGUUGCAGGAAUGAAUAUUUGUCAUUAAAAUUUAAUUUUACAAUUAUUUGUAACUCAGACGUCAUGUCUCUGUUUUGCAGCCCGUUGCUUUAGACCAUGCUGUCUCUCUUGGCCUGACCUUGACAUAGUUUAGAACGAGUUUGCCAAAAAAAGAAAAGAAGAGAAUCCUGGAUCAGCUCCCAUACGAGUCUAAUGUGAUAUAAUUACUGUCCCAACUCAUACAAACUGAAGGCGCGUUCAGCGGCCAUGUCAAAACAUUCCACUGAUGUUCAAAAGAUUCCACGAAUCCCACUAAAAUGAGGUUACUGUGAAGAUCUGAACCAUUAACCAAUCAUAAUAAUCUUCCUCAGAAUUCCAGAUAUACGACUGUGCUUUUCACUACAUUAAAAAUCAUGUUUUAUA